GGCUGGACUGGACUUCUCUCCCCGGACCGCAGCCGGGUGUGCCGCGCCACCCCACGGCUCCUGGGACAGGGGUGUCCGCCUCUCGGGUAAGUCCGGAAUCGGCGCUGCCGCAGCGGACGGGAAAAGCUGGGGGCGGGACUCUCCGAAAGGGGCUCCUACAGCUGGGCGCCCCGGGCGGGCGGGGCUCGGGAGUCUCCUCCCUCCGCUUCUUUGUUCAGUCGCGAGACUCUCCCUCCCCUCCCCCCUAUUGUGCAACGCCUCAUCCCCGGGACCCGCUGCAGUCGCUGGCCACACUGCAGUCCCCUGGGCAGAAGGCCCUCCCCGGCGCGACUUCAGGUGGGGCAGACCGAGGGGACGCCGGCGCCCGCGGACAGUUUCCUGUUUGUGAAAGGCCAAGGGCUGGCCGGUCUUACCCAGCGCUGGCCGGCGGACCUGACCACGGCUCCUCCCCCUGCCACACCUCCGUGGCCGUGGUGGGGAUUGCCCUGGGGCUCUGGCGGACGUGACUGGUCCCUUCACCCGCUCCUUGUCGGGGUGUGCUAGGGCGAUCCUUGCUGGAGAUGAAGGAUUUGGGGGCGGAGCACUUGGCAGGUCAUGAAGGGGUCCAACUCCUCGGAUUGUUGAACCUCUACCUGGAACAAGAAGAGAGAUUCCAACCUCGAGAAAAAGGGCUGAGUUUGAUUGAGGCUACCCCGGAGAAUGAUAACACUUUGUGUCCAGGAUUGAGAAAUGCCAAAGUUGAAGAUUUAAGGAGUUUAGCCAACUUCUUUGGAUCUUGCACUGAAACUUUUGUCCUGGCUGUCAAUAUUUUGGACAGGUUCUUGGCUCUUAUGAAGGUGAAACCUAAACAUUUGUCUUGCAUUGGAGUCUGUUCUUUUUUGCUGGCUGCUAGAAUAGUUGAAGAAGACUGCAAUAUUCCAUCCAUUCAUGAUGUGAUCCGGAUUAGUCAAUGUAAAUGUACUGCUUCUGACAUAAAACGGAUGGAAAAAAUAAUUUCAGAAAAAUUGCACUAUGAAUUGGAAGCUACUACUGCCUUAAACUUUUUGCACUUAUACCAUACUAUUAUACUUUGUCAUACUUCAGAAAGGAAAGAAAUACUGAGCCUUGAUAAACUAGAAGCUCAGCUGAAAGCUUGCAACUGCCGACUUGUCUUUUCAAAAGCAAAACCAUCUGUAUUAGCCUUGUGCCUUCUCAAUUUGGAAGUGGAAACUUUGAAAUCUGUUGAAUUACUGGAAAUUCUCUUGCUAGUUAAAAAACAUUCCAAGAUUAAUGACACUGAGUUCUUUUACUGGAGAGAGUUGGUUUCUAAAUGCCUAGCCGAGUAUUCUUCUCCUGAAUGUUGCAAACCAGAUCUUAAGAAGUUGGUUUGGAUCGUUUCAAGGCGCACAGCCCAGAACCUCCACAACAGCUACUAUAGCGUUCCUGAGCUGCCGACGAUACCUGAGGGGGGUUGUUUUGAUGAAAGUGAAAGUGAGGACUCUUGUGAAGAUAUGAGUUGUGGAGAGGAGAGUCUUAGCAGCUCUCCUCCCGGUGAUCAAGAGUGCACCUUCUUUUUCAACUUCAAAGUGGCACAAACACUGUGCUUUCCAUCUUAGAAAUCUGAUUGUUCUGUCAGAAUUUAUAUGUACAGGUUUCAAAGCAAUAAAUGGGGGAAUAGGUAGUUUUCUGGUUUAGCCCCCAUCUAGUCAGGAAUUAAAUAUACUGGAAUACCUACCUUCUAUUUGUUAUUCAGAUCAGAUCUGGCCUAUUUUCAUAUUUAUCCUAAGCCAUCAAAUGGGGUAGUGCCUCUUAAACCAUUAACAGUACUUUAGACAUUGGCACUUUAUUUUUGUCAUUGAUCUUUAGCUACUUUGGGGAGGAGGGAAGGUGCUGAUACUUUCAAUUUGUUACUUUUCAAGAUUUUUAAAAAUAACUAGUGUAGCUUAUCUUAAACAUUUUAUAAAACCUUCAGAUGUCUUUAUUUAAGCAGAUUGGAAGUAUGCAAGUGCUUCCUUAGCAGGGACAGUGGAUAAUCCUUAAUGGUUUAUCACAGAUUUCCCCCUCUCCCCUUCUCAGAAGAGUGAAUAUGCUCUUAAAUGUCAAACACAUUUUUGUUUUGUUUUUUAAAUGAUCAGUGUCUAUUUGAUGUGAUGCAGAUCUUAUAAAUUUGGGAAUUAUAAUAUUGACAUUUCUGUGAUUUUUAUAGUAUGUAAUGUCUUAAUUGAGAUUUCUGCUAAGGCAGAAAUAAUUAGGCUAGGGCUCUUAGUUUCAUUCCUAUUGCCCAAGUAUUGUCAAACUAUGGUAUUAUUUUAAUGUUACUUUAAAAAUCCAUAAUCUGCUAGUUUUGCAUGUACUUGUAUGAAAACAGUGCAGUAAGUUGAAAACUCAGUAUCUAUGGAAUUGAUAAAUGUUGAUCUGGUAGUAUAUUUUAUCUCAUUUUCUUAUAUUAAAAAAUGUCUGCAUGAUUACGUUUUAUUUCCUUUGUAAUUUACAUUUCAAAAUAAUGUAUUGCUAUAUGGGUGCCAAGAUUGAAUAUGAAGAACCCGAGUGUUUGUAGUAUUAUGGUUUUAAGCAAAUCUGUGUGGUGAUACUAGCCAUAAGAAUGGGGCUUAUAUAAACUCUGUACGUGUAAGAUUUUGUACAGAGAAUUUUUAACUUUAUAAAUUGUAUAUGAACAUGUAAAUCUUUUAAAAUGUACAUAAAAUACUGUAUUUUUUUACCUUGUGUGUGAUAGUCUAGUCAUUGCAUGUAAAUAUAAUUUAUUAUGUAUUCUGUAGUAUAAAUCAUACAUUGAUGACUUACAUUUUUACUGGUAACUCAACAUCCGUUGGAUGUUUCCUGAAGUGGCUCUUUUUGAAGUGAUAAUAGAUUGUAAUUCAAAAUAAAUUAAUGAAUUCUCCUUGUUUGGGAUCACACCUUAAUUUUUAAUCUGUUAAAAGCGCUGGAUGUAUUUUAAUGAGAAGACUUUAGGUGAGGCUACAGUGAUUCCAGAGUGAGCCUUCUAACUGGCUAGCAGAAGUUCUCUAGGUUUGGCACUGUGCCUUGGAGAUACUGAAAGAUAAUCUGUCAUUUGAGAAUUGACCUCUUUGUGGGAUGGACUCAUUAAGUAUGCUCUCAGAGACUGGUAUAUUACCAGAAUGCCUGUUAAUUUACAGUGAGAGGCAACAGGUAUUAAGUAGACCAGAAUGCUCAGGUUGGCAGAUAAGAACGAUCUUUCAGGAGACAAAUCAAGUUUUAAUCAGUUGUUUGGUUAAUAAGUAUGGGGUGUUGGCUGUGAUAGGGCCCUGCCAGCUUCUGGCUCUUGUGGACCUCAAAAGUAUCAGGCUGUUUUGUAAGUGGUGGUCCUUUCCCCUGCCCGACCCAAUAGGUUCCCCACCUGUCUAGUUUGAUUUUUGUAGACCUUUGUUUUCUCUAGUUAGAAAAUCAGGUACACUGAAUACGGUUUUCAUGUAACACCUCUUCUCUGGAUAUGGGGUAUGUUUUCUUACCCUCCUAGUUGAGAAUCUCUACUUGAGGAUGACCUUUCCUCUCUUACUAAGUAAUAUGAGUAAAUAGUGGGCAAUAUAUUCUGCUUUCAGAUUUUGAUUUGUUGAGAUGUAAAAGUUCUUUGUGGCUUACCAAAUCUCAAGACUCUCUUUAGCUCCUGCAGGAUUGUAUUGCUUUUCUUACUGGAUAUUCUUCCUGGGUAAGUAUCUUUGUGGCUUCAUCUCUUCCCCCUCCGGUUUUCAGUGUAUUUAGUCUAGACCUCUCUGCUGAGCUUGCAACCUGUUUAUUCACAUGGGUUGCCAUGCCACUUGGAGGUUUCUGAUUACUCCCAAACCUGCUGUUUCUUUAUGUCUUUCUCAGCGAAUAAUUCCAUCUAUUCAUGUUGGAAACUUAGGUGAUAUGCUCAUCUCCUUUUGCCUGUUUAUGGAGGUCACCAGCCUCUAUCAUUUAUAUGAUUUCGUUUACACUGUUUAUAUCUCUCCGUCCCCUCUUUUUCUGCCAUUGGCAUGGUUUAAACCUGUACUCUUUAUCAGCAGAGGUACUGUAAUAUAUUUGUGAUCCCUCAGCUUCCAGGCUUACUCCUGGUCUCUGCCUUCCUGUCUACAUAUCCUUUUAAAAUAAAAUUUUAACUGUCUCCUGAAAAAUUGUUCAGUAGGUCACCCACAAUCAGGAGAAAAAUCUAUUCAUGACAUACAAGUCUCUGUCUAAUCUGAACACUGCACCUGUCUCUGGCCUUUUUUUCUUGUCAUUUCCUAGACCUUAAAAAAUGUGUAUUGAGAAAGAGAACUCUGGUAGUUAUACAGAAGAUGAGCUGGGCAAUAUAGAGGAGUAGCAUGGAGACCAGUCUGACUGAACUAAGGCAGUGGAAGUGUGGAUGAGGAAGAGGUGAAAAUUGAGAAGCGCUAUCCUUUCUCUUUGGGCAUUAUUAGGAGGCUCACAGACAAGUCUAGGAGCCUGGUUAUUCCCUCCUGUGCCAUUCAACCAGGUGGCUUUCCCAUGACUGAUGAAUAAAAUUGAGAAGCCCCUGCCCUUUUCAGAGCAGAGGGUGAGGAGAAAGCUACAAUUUUGGCCUCAUCCUUACCCCCCUUGACUUGGCAAGAGAUUUGUUCUUUCAGGUUUUGAUCCUGUCAUUUUCUAGGAUGUGGUGCAUGCACUUUGCUGUUGUGCAUGGUGAAGUAUUGUGCCUAGGUCCUGGGUCUUCAUCUGUUUGGCUCUGCUACUGUUUCCUCCUCCCAGGAAGUGUGGUUAGACAAAUAAUGUGUUUUAAUUACCUGUCACACUCAGGAUUAAUACAUACUCAGGUUAACUGUAGAGAGGCAUUGGCUGCAGAACACUCCUCGUGACAAUUUUAGCCAUUUUCUUUGUCUGGAGUCUGCCUUUUUCUUUUUUACAAUUUCUUUCAUUUCAACACUAGGUUUCAAUAUGGUGUUCCCGCUACCUCCCACCUCCUUCCUCCCUCAUCACACAUGCAAAUUGUCAGCUUAUUUAGACAACCCACUUAGAUUCAUAUAUGGACAAGGACAAGGUAUUUUGCAUUUGUUACUGGAAUUCAGUUUUCCUAACUAUUUACUACCAGAAAUGGUCAAUAACUUACUUUGUGUUUAGCAAAUCAAAUUGUGUGGUAGAUAGUUUCCCAGUAGGAUGGCCAGUCAGUCUUUCCAUCCCUGUGCCUACAUGCUGCUCUUCCCAUCCACAAGUGGAGUCUGUUUCUCUUGAGUUUUGGCUGGCCUUAUGAAUGGCUUUGCUUACUGAAGUGCAGCAGAAGAAAUUCAGUAUAUGUCCAAGCCUAGGCUUUAAGAGACUGGCAGCUUUCCUUUUACCCUUUUUGAAAGCUAGCCACCAUGCUGCAAAGAAGCUCAGCUGGAUUACUGAAAGAUGAGAGGCCAUGUGGAGAGAGACUCUUGAGGAUGAGAGAUUAUCUUGGAUGUUCCAGCCUUAGUUAAGCUCCCAGCUGAAUGUGGGUGUAUCCUCAGCUACACCACAGAAAACAGAGGAACUACUCAGUCGAUCCCAAUCAACCCACAGACUCACUAGAAAUAACAAAUUAUUGUUUUAAGCCACGAGGUUUUGGGGGAGGGUUGUUAAACAGUAAUAGAUAAGUGAGACAGAUUGCUUGUUAUUUAUGGUCAAAUGGUGAUUAUCUCUGGUGAGAUUACAAGUGAUUUCUUUUAAAGUUAUACCUAUCUGUAGUUUCCUUUUUUUCCUAAAAUUGAUUUGAAUUAUUAGUGUAUUAACAGAAUAAAGAAUGAACUUUAAAACACA